AAGAGAAAGCGGUCACAUCGCAAGGACUUGGGCUGGCUUCACCCGGAAGCCUUCUCAAUAUUAGCUGCCGUCGAGCUACAGGUGACAUUGGCAGAGCACAGCUGGGACCGAGUACAUUUUUCACCUUUUGAUUCAUAUACAGCAGCUCAAGGAGAAUCUUUAAGACCAGAAUGGAGACUAUUGUGCGCCGUUGUCCAUUUCUUUCUCGGGUAUCCCAGACCUUCUUGCAGAAAGCGGGCAAGUCACUGAUCACCUAUGCUCAGAACUGUCCUAUGAUGAUGGGGACCAAGCCUUUGUCAAGUGUUCAGCUGAGCACCUCUGCCGUACACCAGCAGGACGCAAAGGAGAGUUCUUCAGGCACUAACAAUCCGCACAGUGCUGAGACCAAAACCCAAGAGGAUUCCACUGGAUCCCCACUACCACCAGCUCACGUGGGAUCUGCCAGCGCUCAGAAUGCUUCAAAGUGCCCUUUUCUGGCAGCAGAGAUGAGUCAAGAAAAUAGCAGUGUGUUCCGCAAGGCCAGUAUGGCGCUGCAGGAGGAUGUCCAGGAAAUGCAGACAAUGAGAAGAGAUUUAAGUGACUCAGCUGCAAAACCUGUUGUAGCAUCUGAUGUCAUUCCACGAAAGAAGAUUGGUGUAUUGGAAAAAUUUCAAGAGCGUGUACUGCAUCAAAGACCUGACCGCGUGUCCCAUCUUCUUCAGGACAAUAUGCCAAAAGCUGUGCGCACCUUCCAAUAUGACAAUUUUUUUGAAAAGAAAAUUGAAGAGAAGAAAAACGACCAUACUUAUCGUGUUUUCAAAACGGUGAACCGUCGGGCUCAAUCAUUUCCAAUGGCGGAUGAUUAUUCUAAUUCUUUGAUAACAAAAAAAUCGGUCUCUGUUUGGUGCAGCAAUGAUUAUCUUGGAAUGAGCCGUCAUCCUAAAGUUGUUGGAGCUGUUAUGGAAACUCUGAAACAGCACGGUGCAGGGGCUGGUGGAACUAGAAAUAUUUCCGGAACGAGUAAAUUUCAUGUUGAUUUAGAACAUGAGUUGGCAGAUCUUCAUGGCAAAGAUGCGGCAUUAUUAUUCUCUUCUUGUUUUGUUGCAAACGACUCCACACUCUUCACGUUGGCUAAAAUGUUGCCUGGCUGUGAGAUAUACUCUGAUGCUGGAAACCAUGCUUCAAUGAUCCAGGGCAUACGGAACAGCAGAGUGCCGAAGUAUGUAUUUCGUCACAAUGAUGUUGGGCACCUUCGGGAGCUGCUUAAGAACUCGGAUCCAUCCAUUCCGAAGAUUGUAGCCUUCGAGACUGUCCAUUCCAUGGAUGGUGCUGUUUGUCCUUUGGAAGAAAUGUGUGAUGUGGCCCAUGAAUAUGGUGCGAUUACAUUUGUUGACGAAGUACAUGCGGUUGGGUUAUACGGUGCACGAGGUGGUGGAAUAGGAGAUCGAGAUGGAGUUAUGGAUAAAAUGGACAUAAUUUCAGGGACCCUUGGAAAAGCUUUUGGAUGUGUUGGUGGAUAUGUCGCUAGCACUAACGCCCUUAUAGACACCGUUCGGUCUUAUGCUGCUGGUUUUAUCUUCACUACUUCCUUACCGCCUAUGCUGCUUUCCGGCGCCAUUACGUCAGUAAAAGUCUUGAAGAGUGAAGAAGGACAAGCUCUUCGUCGUCAGCAUCAGCGGAACGUCAAGUUACUGAGACAAAUGUUAAUGGACGCAGGUCUACCGGUGGUUCAUUGCCCAAGUCAUAUUAUCCCAAUUAGAGUAUCAGAUGCUGCCAAAAACACUGAGAUUUGUGACAAGAUGAUGACUAAUUACAACAUCUAUGUACAAGCAAUUAAUUACCCAACAGUUCCACGUGGCGAAGAACUUCUGAGGAUUGCUCCCACCCCUCACCAUACUCCUCAGAUGAUGACUUAUUUCUUGGAAAAGUUGCUCAUCACCUGGAAGAGUGUUAACCUGGACCUCAAACCACAUUCUUCAGCUGAAUGUAACUUUUGCCGACAGCCUCUGCAUUUUGAGGUGAUGAGUGAAAGAGAGCGAUCCUACUUCAGCGGUUUAAGUAAAUUGAUAUCCGCAAGAGCCUGACAUUACCCCUAUUUAAUUCAAUUUUCACAUUAAUUCAAUUACAGAAAAUCUCUCUUGUUGCCAAGGGUGCCGACAAUGUAUUUCUUUCCAGUGUAUUGUUGACUCCUCUUGUAAUGGAAGAGUUGUUCUUAAAUUUAUAUAAAACUAUACUAUUAAAUUGUGUAACCAAACAGAUAUAUAUGUCUAAAUAUGAAAUAUAUAAAAUAAUUGGUGUUUUUAAUUCUGAAUAUUGUCCUAGACCCCAGCUGUCUUUGUCAAUAAAACAUCUAUAUUAUCAACGUAUAA